CGAGGCCGGGUUCGAGGCCUAGUGGCGGGAUGGCGGGGGACUGAGGGCGGGGCGCCGGACUACUGUACGUCCGUGUCUGCGCGGUGCCGCUGAGUCGGUCACUUGCCAGCUGUCGGAAGUUUGCCGGCCCGUUUGGCGGAUGGACACAGCAUGGCAGCCCAGGGGGCUAUCGGAGCUGUUCCCUGGUAACUCUGCUGCUAAAUAUAGUCAAAGCAGUGACCCGAGUCCUUCACCCAUCCACGCCGUGCGUGCCCGGCGCCCGUGCCAGGCCUCUGGCUUGACACUGUGGGAUAAACCAGAGCUAAGGUGGCAUGGAUCUGCCUGUGGAUGAAUGGAAAUCCUACCUUCUUGACAAGUGGGCUUUACUCCCGAAGGCUGUGCAGGACACAAUUUCUACAGCAGAGACGUUGAGCGACAUCUUUCGUCACGCCUCCUCCCUCCUUCAACCUGAAGAUGAGAUGUUUUUAAAGCGACUUUCUAGUGCUUACUUGGUGGAAAAGGACUACGAUGCCCCCCUUUUCUACAGAGAAGAAGGAAACAGGAAAUUCCAGGAGAAGGACUAUGCAGGUGCUGCAGUGCUGUACUCUAAGGGAGUGUCGCAUUCAAGACCUAACACUGAGGGUAUUUCACUGUGCUAUGCCAAUCGCUCUGCAGCCCUCUUCCAUCUGGGUCAGUAUGAAGCAUGUCUUAAAGACAUAGUGAGAGCAGGAAUGCAUGGGUAUCCUGAAAGACUGCAACCCAAGAUGAUGCUGCGGAAGACGGAAUGCCUGGUGAACCUGGGGAGACUACAGGAGGCGAAGCAAACCAUCGCUGCCCUUGAAAGCAGCCUCACUGCCAAGCCAACACUGCUACCUUCCUCUCAUCAAAUUCUGCAGAGGAGCCUCCAUCAUCUGAAGGUGAAGAUCCAGGAGAAGGAGACUCUCCCAGAAACCUUCCCAGCAGCUCUCGGCAGAGCCUUUGAGGAUAUGGCCCUGGGGGAAGAGAACAGACAGAUUUCUGGGGCAUCCCGCUCUGUCAGCUUACACACAGACCCUUUGAAAGGCCGCCAUCUAGUUGCCACAAAAGACAUUCUCCCAGGAGAACUCCUGGUGAAGGAGGAUGCUUUCGUAAGUGUCCUUAACCCAGGAGAAAUGCCACCACUGCAUCCUGGCCUAGAAAACAAGUGGGAGACCAGAGUUACCAAUGGGGACCUCUACUGUCACCGGUGUCUGAGGCACACUUGGGCCACAGUACCCUGCGGCGGCUGCAGUUAUGCCAAGUAUUGCAGCCAGGAAUGUAUGCAGAAGGCGUGGGAGUGUUACCACAGCACAGAGUGUCCUCUGGGGGCGCUGCUUCUCACGCUUGGGGUCUUCUGCCAUGUGGCGCUGAGGAUGACUCUUUUAACCAGAUUUGAAGAUGUUGACGGAGUUCUCAGGAUGCUUUCUGAUGAGACUGGAAACAAGGACAUCUGUUUACCUGGAAACAAGAAUCUGGUCAAGACACUUGACUAUACAAGUCAGGGGGAGAGUGAAGAGAACUGCAAAAAGGGUGAACCCCCAGUUCCUGGGUGCAGUGCCAAUGGGAAGUAUGAAAGUAAUUAUAAUGCCAUCUUCAGCCUUUUGCCUCACACUGAGAAACACAGCCCGGAACACAAAUUCAUCUGUGCCGUCAGUGUCGCUGCGCUCUGCAGGCAGCUCAGAGCAGCCAGCUCGCAGACCCAGACCGUGAGCUUCAAGUCCUCCACGGGGAGAGCUGUGACUCCAGGAUUGUGUGCAGACGUGACUGUUUGGGGACUGGCCAUGCUGCGACACAUGCUGCAACUGCAGUGCAAUGCCCAGGCGAUAACCUCCGUGUGGCACACAGGGUCUAAAGAGAGCAUCAUUACCGAGAGCAGGCAGGUACGCCUUGCCACAGGCGUCUUUCCUGUUGUCAGCCUCCUGAACCACUCCUGCAGCCCCAACACUGGUGUGUCCUUUGCUAGCACUGUCGCCACCGUCCGGGCAGCACAGCACAUCCGAAGGGGACAAGAGAUUGUGCACUGCUAUGGGCCUCAUGAGAGCCGGAUGGGUGUUGCUGAGAGGCGGCGGAAGCUGAGUUCUCAGUACUUCUUUGACUGCAGCUGUCCAGCCUGUCACACUGAGACGCUCAGAGCAGCUGCAGAGCCCAGGUGGGAAGCCUUCUGUUGUAGCACGUGCAGAGCGCUCAUGCAGAAACUGGGAAAAUCCAACCCAGAGAGUUUUCCUUCAGCCAUUUGACCCAGAGGAAGGAACCACAUCUGAGCCCCUCAGCUAAGGACAUUGACCUUGGGAGAGGGAGCAUAGAUCCUUAGAGAAAUUGAGCUGCUAUUGCCAGAAAAUGGCAUAGACACUGGAGUCUUCAACAGUCCUGCCCAGAUGAAAAAUGUUCUCCACUACCAGAGGAUGGCAUUCUUGUUAGGAAUAUUGUAAGUGGAAUUAGUUAUGUUCAGAAGCUAAAAUCGUAAACCCAAGGGUCGAAUAUGAGGUCUUACCUAGCACUUUUUGUUUUGUUUGUUGUUUUAGCAGGGUCUCGCUGUGUAGACCAGGCUGGCCUGGAACUCACAGAGAUCCACCUGCCCUCUGCCUCCCAAGUGCUGGGAUUAAAGUUGUGUACCGCCAUGCUGGGGCCUAGCACCCUUUUAUAUUAGUUCCCCCUCACUCUUGCUCUCUUGAGACGGGGUUUCAUUGUGUAUUCCCAAUGUCUUAGUUAAGGUUUACUGUUGCUGUGAAGAGACACCGUGACCAUGGCAACUUUAUAAAGAAAACAUUUAAUUGGGAUGACUCGCUUACAGUUUCAGAGGUCAUCAUGGCGGGGAGCAUGGUGGCAUGUAGGCAGAUAUGAUGCUGGAGUUGAGUGCCCUACAUCUUGGCUCAGAGGCAACAGGAAGUCAACUGUCACAUUGAUUGAAGCUUGAGAAAAGAGACCUCAAAGCCCACCCCCACAGUGACACACUGCCUCCAACAAGGCCACACCUCCUAAUAGUGCUGCUCCCUUUGGGUCCAUUUUCAAACCACCACACCCAACUAGCCUAGAAUUCAUUUCAUAGUCCACAACGGCCUCAAACUUGAGAUUCCCCUGUCUCAACUUCCCAAGUUCUGGGGUCUUUACAGGCCUUUAGAACUACACCUGGCUUUCUCCAAUAGAUUUUUUUUUUAAAUUUUUAUUUUUUUCAGAGCUGAGGACCGAACCCAGGGCCUUGCACUUGCUAGGCAAGCACUCUACCACUGAGCUAAAUUCCCAACCCCUAGAUUAUUUUUUUAAUGAUUUAUUUAUUUUUAUUUUAUGUGCAUUGGUGUUUUACGUAGUAUGUAUGUCUGUGUGAAGGUGUCAGAUUCCCUGGAAGUAGAGUUACAGACAAUUGUGAGCUGCCAUGUAGGUGCUGGGAAUUGAACCCGGGUCCUCUGAAAGAACAGCCAGUGAGUGCUCUUAACCGCCGACCCAUCUCUCCAGCCCCUCCAGUAGAUUCUUAAUAAGGUGAUUCUAUCCUUUGAGCCAUAUCUCUUCCUCUUCCCUUCUCCCUGCAAGGAUGGUCUAGAACUCAUUGCAUAACCCCAGCUGGCCUCAAACCCGUCAUCUUCUGCCUCUGGCUCCCAAGUGCCACUGUUAUAGCAGUGUGUCACCACAUCCCGCCUUCUAUGACUGCGUUUCUUAUGGUUUUUUUUUUUUUUUUCAAAUAACCAAUAUACAUAUGUUCAUCAUCUAAAGGCCUGUUCCCCAGAAGGGAUGGGGGGGCUGCUAAGGUGUAAAGGAUUACAGACUAUAUCGUUUCUGUCCCAAAAUGAAAUCUUGGCAUGGGAUCAGCUACUGCUCUCAUCAGAAUUGCUAUUAGACCGAAUUCACUCAGGCCUUGUUUGCAAUGUGUUAGUGCAGGAGUCUCUUUCCCGUCAGGUCAGUGACCCUGUGCAUGCAGCAUGCAAUGCUGAUAACUGCUCUGGCUUAGGAGUAAAGAUAGAACCGGCUU